UUGUGAGUGGUAAACAUCACCUCUUUUUCUCUUUCUCUCUUUCUUGUGGCUCAGUUUCCUUCGUCUCCUCGCUCCUCUCCCCUCUCUCUCUUUAACUACUCAGAAGAGAUCGUCGAGCGCCAUUAAUGGAGGCCGUGGCGAAGAGCGUGUGGGGUUCGAGGGGGAGCUUCGCCCCCCGCGAGAGCAUCGGGAGCAGGAAGAAGAUCGGGAGCUCCUUCACCUCCUCCAAAGCUCUCUCCAUCCCAUUCCUCCGCUCUUCCUCUCCCCGCACUACCACUGUUACUGUGAAGAUCGCCGUCGCCUCUUUCGGGACCAUCCUCAAGGAGAAGGAGAAGGAGAAGGAGAAGGGGAAGAAGAGGAGGCUUCUGUCUUUGGCUACGCUACCCUCGUCGUCUUUGUCCUCGCUCGCAUCGCCGCCUCCUCAGGAGGCUGAUGAGGACGCUGCAGACGCUUCGACUCUGAUAGGAAUUCCUCUAAAGACGUCGCACGUGAAAUUUGUUCUUCACAAGGAAUGCCUGUUUGGUCAACGGUUUCUACUCGUCGGUGAUGACCCGAAUAUCGGUUCCUGGGAUCCAUCAAAAGCCAUUCCUUUGGAAUGGUCUGAUGGUCAUGUGUGGACAACUGAGCUGGACUUACCAAUCGGUAAACUGAUUCAGUUCAAGUUUGUACUCCGAGGUUUGUCGGGGGAGAUCAAUUGGCAACCUGGGCCCGACAGAGUCUUAGAGACCUGGGAAACUGCAAAGACUAUUGUUGUUUCUGAAGACUGGGAUUACGCUGAGCAUCAGAAGAUAUUAGAGGAAGUGAUUCCCCUAGAUGGCGAGAUUCACGACACUGGCAUUGUUGCAUUCGACAGCAAAGAGAUUGGAGAGAUCAUUGAAACUCAGGGAGAAUCAACUGUAGAAGACCUUUUAUUUGGCAUGAACAGUGAUCGUGAGAAGAAGCAGAGUGAGAAUGAAGGGGAUCUGGUACUGAUCCCUGGCUUGGCCCCUUUAGCCGCUUCAGAGAAUACUUUGGUGGAUGAGGCAGAGGAUCUAGAGCCUUCACAGUCGCACAUGGAGGAAGAACCUGAGGCAUCAAAUACGACACUAAAAGAAGAAUCGUUAACAUUAGCAGAAACUGCUGAUUGUAAUGAUGUUGAGGAAACAAAGACUAGUGCCGUUGAUUGUAACGAUGUUAAGGAAACAAAGACUAGUGAUGACAUAUUUUCAGCGGAAAGCGUUCAUUCUGAAGAAUGCGUUCAUUCUGAAAAAUCAGAUGCCUGCCUGACAGUUGAUGUCUUGCAAAGUGACAUGCAAUGGGGUCAUAAAAUCCUGCACCAGUUUCUAUCAAGCAUUGGACUUGGAACUGCAUAAACAGCCCGUGCUGACGCUGAUGAACAUGAUCUGCUACUCUUGCAAUAUGGUCACUGGCAUGAGACGGGAGGAUCUGGCUUUUUACUUCUACCAUUUAUUCUCUUGGCCGCUCUUCGUUUGAUAGUUUGUCAUAAAUUUGGCAGUUGUGUAACACCUAUGAUACAGAAGCUGCAACAGCUGCUGCAUUGUAAAAUUAAUUUACAGCAGUAAACUACCUGAUAUGAAGUUUGGCUGUCUCGUGUAUAUUAGCUAUCGUGUAUAUUAGCUAUACAAGACGAAUUUCAUAGUUUACAUUUUUUUAGUA